AUGUCUUGUUUGUCAUGUUUGAUGUUUAUUUUCUUUUGUUUUUCUUAUUUCAUUUAUCUUUCUCGUGCGUUAAAUAAUGGUUUUAGUGUUGAACUCAUUCAUCGAGAUUCUUCAAAAUCACCGGUCUACAAUCCUACGGAAACUAAAUUCCAAAGAAUUCACAAUGCUGUGCAACGUUCAAUUAAUCGUGCCAAUCACUUCAGCAAACAAUUUUCACCUGAUACAAACAAUCCAGUAUCAACCUUAACCCCAGAUUCAGCGGAAUAUUUCAUGAGUUUCGCAGUUGGUACCCCACCUUUUCAGACCUAUGGUAUCAUAGAUACAGGUAGUUCCUUAAUUUGGCUUCAAUGCCUACCUUGUUAUGCAUGUUUUAAUCAAACCUCUCCCAAAUUUAAUCAUUCAAAAUCUUCAAGUUACAAAAAUAUACAUUGCUCUUCUAGGAAAUGUAAAGAUGCGAUAGAUGUAUUUCCAUCGUGCUCCCAAAAUGAAGAUGUUUGUGAGUACAAUAUUCAAUAUGGUACUGGAAUUAAUUCACAAGGAGAUCUUAGUGUGGAUACUCUAACAUUAAAUUCCACCUCGGACUCUAUUGUCGUAUUUCCUAAGAUUGUGAUAGGAUGUGGACACAACAAUUCGAUUCCGUACAACGGUCGAAUAUCUGGUAUAGUUGGCAUGGGAAGUGGACCAAUAUCUCUUAUACAACAGUUAGGCUCUUCAAUUGAAAGAAAAUUUUCAUAUUGUUUGAUUCCUGCUUAUAAUGAUUUUGGUGAAUCAUCCUUCACUAGCAAACUCAACUUUGGAAAUGAUGCUGUUGUUUCGGGUAAAGGAGUUGUUUCGACUCCCAUGAGUAAAUAUCAAAGUGGCUUCUCAGUGACAUUGGAAGCAAUUAGUGUGGGAAAUAAAAGAAUAAAAUAUGAAGGGGUUAAAAUUGAAGGAAAAAAUACUUCUACCCGAAAUGCUUUUAUUGACUCAGGCACACCAUUGACGUUGUUGCCACCUUAUUUUCACUCUAAGUUGGAAUCAACAGCGGCAAAAAUGAUUAAGCUACAGCGUAUUGAGCCACCUAACCCCUUCAAAACUCUAAGUCUUUGUUACAAUACGACAUGGGAACAAUCAAAUAAUUUUCCUAUUAUUAGGACGCAUUUUAGUGGUGCAGAUGUCAAGUUAUAUUAUAAUAGCACAUUUUUUGAAGUUCAGAAAGGGAUUAAGUGUUUUGCUUUUGUUCCAUCUCAAGGUGAUAUCAUUUUUGGGAACUUUGCACAACAUAACCAUUUAGUUGGUUAUGAUCUCCAAAAAAAUGUAAUCUCUUUUAAGCCUACUGAUUGCAUCAACUACUAG